AUGGCUGGUUUAACAGAGGAGCGUUUGCGCGUGGUGGCGAUCAUUCACGCGCUCAAAGCUGUCGGUAUCCGCGUGAAAAACUGGAAGAACUUUCUAAAUGGAGAUUCAAACGGUGAACAAACUUUUAUUCAGGAGGGCGCGUCACAACGCUUUGCUUUUGGACGUGAGCUGCGCUUGCUCCCUCAACAGGAGCUGUCUGACAUGGGCGGUACAGUACCUCAGUUCCUGGUGGAGGCCUGUGGGUAUCUGUCACAACAUCUGGAUACAGAGGGUCUUUUCAGGAAGACUGGUUCCCUGAGUCGUAUAAGGGGUCUAAGGCUGCGCUUGCUCCCUCAACAGGAGCUGUCUGACAUGGGCGGUACAGUACCUCAGUUCCUGGUGGAGGCCUGUGGGUAUCUGUCACAACAUCUGGAUACAGAGGGUCUUUUCAGGAAGACUGGUUCCCUGAGUCGUAUAAGGGGUCUAAGGGCAGAUCUGGAGCAGGGAAAGCCUGUCUUCCUUCCCUCGCAUGCAUCCCUCCUGCAGCCCUCUGAUGUCGCCUCUCUCAUCAAGCAAUUCCUACGUGAGCUGCCGUCUCCUCUCAUCCCUACGAACCUCCAGAUCCCUCUGAUUCAGGCCCAGGGACUUGAGAUGACACAUGACCAGGAGGGAGCAAGAAACAGAACAACACUGCUCAUAACAGCUCUGUUUCCUUCAUCCCACGCUCGUGCACUCAGAUACCUCUGCACCUUUCUGCAUCAAGUUGCAGAGAGAUGCAGUGAAAAUAGAAUGGGUGCUACCAGUCUGGCAGUUGUUAUUGCUCCUAACCUGCUUCAGUCUCCAGCACCACCUUGCAAACUCACUCUGGACACAGAGAAACAUUUAGACCAGCAGACAUCAGUGAUCAAAUCACUUAUUCUUCAUGCAGAUCGUAUUGGUGUUGUUCCAUCGUGUGUGCUGGAGGCAUCAAAAGCAACAGUGAGAACUGAGACGCCCUCUCCUGCAGGUGGCGCUAUGUUUAGUAAGAGGACAGGACUCAGUGUUUACAGAAGUCUGAGAAGACAAAGGAGGCGAAGUGUUGGUGAAAUAUUUGUAGAUGCUUUUUCCAAACUGAAGCCAUGUCGUACUCCCACUGGACCACCGAUAGUCUUAGAUGUCACACCAGUGACUCCUCUCUCAAAAAGCCCCACCCCUCAAUCACCAGUUACAGUCAAACGCAAAGCCACUGAGGAAUCACUUCCUGAACUUGAAGGAUCUGCAAGGAAAAGGCGGUCUCUGCAUGACCUAAGAGAGGACACACUGACAACCAUCACCCAGCCAGAAGAAUGUGUAAGCAGUCAUAGUCCCCUGGAAGAAAAGUGUAGAAAAGAAGAUCCCAUUCCCACCACUUCCAAAAAGAGAAACCACAUAAGAGAACAGCAGAAAUCACUUAGGCCUCCAGCACAAGAAGAAAAGGUGCAUCGGAGAAGAAAAUCUCUCAGAUUUUUCGCUGUGUCCAGUGGCAACAACAGUAACCCUGUGUCAGAUGACACACUUACAUACAUAAUACACCGUCACAUAGACUAG